AUGGGAGCUCACGACUCGGCUUUCUUGAGGGACGCCUCAACAGACAAUUCAGUUGCCGGAAACCAGUACUUCAACGCAACGGUCGCUCUGUCAGCUGGUAUUAGGUUACUUCAAGCACAAGUCCAUAAUGAAAAUGGAACCUUGAGGCUCUGUCACACGAGUUGUGAUGUGUUGGAUGCGGGGACACUUGAGGCAUGGCUAGGAAAAGUCAAGUACUGGAUGGAUGAGAACCCGAACGAGGUGGUGACGAUCCUGCUGGUCAACUCGGACGACGUGGACGCCUCAGACUUCGGUUCCGCCUUUGAAUCUUCUGGCAUUUCGGACUACGGCUAUACGCCCUCCUCGACAACCGCCACAAGCGACUGGCCCACACUGCAGACGAUGAUUGAUGCCGGCACACGCCUGGUCACUUUCAUCGCGUCCAUCACUUACGAUAGCACAUACCCCUACCUUCUGUCCGAGUUCGAGUACGUCUUUGAGACCGCUUAUGAGGUUACGAGCCUGUCCGGCUUCAAUUGUACGCUCGACCGGCCCUCAUCCGCCUCCUCAGCAAGCAGCGCCAUCAGCGCUGGUAUGCUCCCACUCAUGAACCACUUCGCCUACUCGGCCCUGAGCGCUAGCAUCCUCAUCCCAGACGUCAGCGACAUCGCGACCACCAACAGCCCCAGUACCUCCACCACCGGCGCCCUCGGCACCGAGGCCGAGCAGUGUGCCGGCGAGUGGGGCAUCAACCCGGUCUUUGUCCUGGUCGACUUCUACGACCAGGGCCCUAGCAUCGACACGGCGGACAACCUGAACGCGAUCACCGCCACGGGGCGUGGCUCGAGCAGCUCAGACAGCGACAGCACGAACGCCGGGUCGCAGCAGCGCGGGCUGGGGAUGAAGACUGGUGCUCUGGUUGCGUUUUUGGCAGCUGCGGUUUUCCUAGUCUAA